UCAAAGACAAUCACAGAUGGCAUCCAACGAGCCAGUCACAAUGGGCUAUGAAGACGAAGAGAUUAAGGAGAGUGUCAAGCAGGCCAAGAAGAAGAGAAAUGCUGACCACCAUACAAGUCAUGACAAGAAAGUUAAUAACAGAGCAAGCAGAGAUAGUCACGGGUCCCACGCUGAUGAGAGUAAAACAUCAGAUAAAGAUCUCAGAAAGCAUCAUAAAGGAGUCCAAAGAGAACUCAAGCAUGAAGGAUAUGACAAAUUCUCAGGAACUGGGCAUGGAAAAGAGAUGAAGAAAGGAGGACAUGGUAAAGGAGGAAUAGGAGAUGAAGAUUACUCAAAGAUAGCAGAACAUCAUUCAGCUACAGUAGCAGCAGACCUACUUGAGGACGAAGUUCCUCCAGCUGAAGAAGCUCCAAUCCAAGUUAGAGAAACUGAAGAGACCCAAGCAGAGGCUCAUCAAAUGGAGCAGAAGCCUCUUGUAGUGACUGAUGAAGAGUUCCCCAAGUUGGGAUAAUUUUAAUUUUAUCAAUAUCAUAUGUAAAAAUCUUGUCUUGUA